AUGAACUGCUAUAUGAUCUACAUAACUUUAGGGUUAUUUGGCCCUACUAUAUUUCAAGAGACUCCAAUCUCAGAAUUUUUUGGAGAGAUAACGCCAUCUAGAAGCAAAAUUGUUUUGAAUGGAACAUUGGAAUUAAACUGCACCAUAAAUGCUGGAAUGAAUAUAUCAUCAUUGUAUUGGGAAACACCUGAAGGAAAAGCCCCGCGCAAAAAUACGCUCAUUAUAGGCAACAAUAUACUUCAGUUGAGAAAAAAGGUCACUAACGUAUCGGAAGAGGGCACUUACCUUUGUAGAAGUACUAGUGAAAAGCAAAUGUCAAGGAGUCCACGCACGAACGUUUUUGUAGAGUAUGAAGCUGUACGUAACGUAUCUAACUUUACCUGCAUGCUAGUUAAAGACAAAGACGAACUGCAGUGCAGGUGGAAGUUAGGGACAUAUAAUCAUGAAGAAUGUUUGAGUAUCAUGGCUUCUGUGUCGUUCGAUUACGGUUACCAUUUCCUAGACUGUCCUGAAAAAUCUCCACAAGAGAGCUGCACUUGGAGUCAGAAUGACGGAGACAUAUAUGCCAGUACAAUAUAUAUCAACUUGACAAUCACUAACACGAAAUUCAAGUUCACAAAGUCAUUUUUCUUUCACUUCAGGAAUAAAAAAAUACUGCAACUUGGGCCACCAACAGACAUUACCUCUAGAGUAACAUCUUCCUGCACCUGUGUCAAUCUUUCCUGGAGCACCGGAGAACGAUUCAUAGUUACUACAACAAAGAUUUAUCUCAACUCUAAGUGGGAUGCCAUUCCAAGGUUAUUGUUUAAACACGAUUACAUUAUUGAUAAUAAUUUGAACUAUCUGCAGGUAAAUGAGAUAGACAGAUUCAAAACAGCAAUGAUUUGUGGCCUUAUUCCUGAUUCUGUCUAUAAGUUAGAGCUACAACAAAAACCGAUUGAGGGUUUCCACUAUAGUGAUUUGACAACGGCUAAAUUCAAUACUUGUAUUAAAGCUCCAACGAGUGGACCUAGGCUUUCAUCCAGUGGUUAUUUGUCUGCAAAGUGUGACAGUCCCUUGAAAUGUCGCUCAGUAAUGAUAUAUUGGAAGAAAAUUCCAGAAAUGUAUCAGAAUGGCGCAAUACGCAAUUAUAUCGUCAGCUUUGACGGAUUGAAGAAUCAUACCUUUGGAGCGAGAAAUUUCUCCGGAAGCGUGCUGGUGCCAUGUGAAGGUCGUCACAAUCUCAGUGUUACAGGUUGUAACCCUGCUGGUUGUUCCCCGCAUUCAUCUAUCAUUGUAAGGGAUAAUGAGGAGAUAAACCCUCCAGACAAGUUGAUAGUGGAGCAAGCUGGUGAUGAUAAAAUGAGUUUGACUUGGUUUGGAUCUUCGUUUGCAUCUCAGAGUGUUUCAAAAAUACAUGUUAUUUGGUGCAAAGGGGAGGCUGCUGUUCAAAAAUGCCGGGGUGAAAUAAAUGUACUACCAAAAGACACCAGCCUUACCGGAAAUCACGUGCUGGUUUCCAAAAGAGACAUAAAUGAUUCGUUUGAUGAAAUCAUUUUUGGUGUUGCCCUGUUGAAUGGAGAAAAUUUAAGUAGUGGUAUUCGAUGGCAGGAAACAUGCAGAUACACUAAAGACGCGGAGAUGCCGAAGCCAUCAGAUAUUAAACUACUUCCGCUUCCUCCAGAUGACAGUCUUGCUGUGUCAUGGUCUCGUAUCAAAUGCGAUAGGACAAGCGCAAAAAAUGCUUACGUUAAUUCAUACAGAAUACAAUAUUGUCGGUUGAACAACCAUGAUAAUUGUAAAGGGAACAAAGGCGAGGUCAGUCUAUCUGCCGACGGUAUGACACAGUAUACAAUCCAAGGUCUUGAGGCUGAAAAGAAAUACGGCAUAUGGGUUGCUGCAGUAUCUUUAAGGAAGAAUAUUUCAUAUAGUGAUAUGAUCAUUGGAAUUCCAAAGAAUAAUGGCAAGAAAUAUCUUUUGAAUUUAUAG